UCAAAUUCUCGCCAUUAACGGCUCUCUCAAACUCUCUCCUCUCUCUCUCUCUUUCUCUCUCUUCCCUUCUUCCUCGUUACUUUGCCCGAAACACUGAUUUGUUGCAGAAGCAGAUCUUGCUCUUCCCUCUCUUCUUUAGGGAUUCGUAUCGGUUAAUCCGCAGAGAGAAUGAAGCACUUUAUGAUGCCAAGAAACGCUAUCUUUAGGGAUAUGGGAGAGUCCCAAUCGCAAUCGCAAUCGCCCAACCCUAGCUUGAAGAAAUCGAAGUCUCGAACGAAGGUGAGAUCUUCUAAAGAGAAUGCUCCACCUCCGGAUCUGAACUCGUUGAUGCCUGACCACAGAUCGUCUCCAGCGAAACUGAAGAGUCGUUUGCCUCCGCGUCCGCCGUCGUCUAAUCCCCUUAAACGGAAGCUAAUUGCUGAGGCUGCCGCGGAUAUUGGAGUAGCGGCUGGGGUUUCAGACUCUGGUGUCAAGGUUAUAGUCAGAAUGAAGCCUCCAAGCAAAGGUGAGGAAGAGGAGAUGAUAGUUAAAAAGAUAUCCAACGAUGCCCUCACUAUCAAUGAACAGACUUUCACUUUCGACUCGAUUGCUGACCCGGAGUCAACUCAGGAUGAAAUCUUUCAGCUUGUGGGAGCCCCUCUUGUAGAGAACUGUCUUGCUGGAUUUAACAGUUCUGUUUUUGCCUAUGGACAGACUGGUAGUGGGAAAACGUAUACCAUGUGGGGUCCUGCAAAUGGAUUGUUGGAAGAGCAUCUUAGUGGUGACCAAAGAGGAUUGACACCACGUGUCUUUGAGUUGCUCUUCUCCCGUAUCAGUGAGGAGCAAGCAAAGCACGCUGAAAGGCAGCUCAAUUACCAGUGCCGCUGUUCGUUUCUCGAGAUAUAUAACGAGCAAAUAACAGAUCUUUUGGAUCCGAGCCAAAAAAACCUGAUGAUUAGAGAAGAUGUCAAGUCCGGUGUUUAUGUUGAAAAUCUGACUGAGGAAUACGUGAAAAACUUGAAGGAUUUGUCAAAGCUUCUGGUUAAGGGCUUGGCAAACAGAAGGACUGGGGCAACAAGUGUAAAUGCAGAGAGUUCAAGGUCGCAUUGUGUAUUUACUUGUGUUGUCGAGUCCCACUGCAAGAGUGUUGCAGAUGGUCUAAGCAGCUUCAAAACAAGUAGAAUAAAUCUUGUUGAUCUGGCUGGUUCAGAAAGGCAAAAGUUAACCGGUGCAGCAGGUGAUCGUUUAAAGGAAGCUGGGAAUAUAAAUCGAUCACUUUCUCAACUUGGGAACUUGAUCAACAUUCUCGCAGAAAUUUCACAAACAGGGAAGCAAAGGCAUAUACCCUACCGAGAUUCCAGGUUGACAUUUCUAUUGCAAGAGUCUCUUGGUGGGAAUGCGAAGUUAGCUAUGGUUUGUGCAGUUUCUCCCUCGCAAAGUUGUAGAAGUGAAACCUUCAGUACCUUGAGAUUUGCUCAGCGUGCAAAAGCGAUACAGAACAAGGCUGUUGUCAAUGAAGUAAUGCAGGAUGAUGUAAAUUUCUUGCGGGAAGUGAUACGCCAGCUUAGGGAUGAACUGCAAAGGGUGAAGGAUAAUAAUAACAACCCAACUAACCCAAAUGCAUCUUACACCACGUCCUGGAAUGCGCGUAGAAGUCUGAAUUUGUUAAGAAGCUUUGGCCUGGGUCAUCCCAAGUCAUUACCAAUUAGAGAUGAUGAUGGGGAUACUGAGAUGGAAAUUGAUGAGGAGGCUGUUGAAAGGCUUUGUGCUCAAAUGGGUUUAUCGCCACCUACCGAGGAAAACAAUCAGGACAUGAGCAGAGUAGAGAAAAUAGUUUCAUCAUUGGCCCUAAAGGAUGAAUCUUACAGAAACUCCCACCUUAAAUCAUCUGAUGUCCAAUCUACUGAAAAGAAGCUUUCUGAAGAUACAGAUGUUAACAUGGAGGACGCAUGUUGCCAAACUGAGAACAGUGGGUCAGAGACUGAGAAUGCGUUAACUGUGGCAGAAACUAGCAUCACAACAGAUCAGAUCAAAGCACCUGUGCAAACUAUGGAUGAUGGUUCGAGUGCACAGCCUGCUUCCAUAACCAAUUCUCUUCAUUCUUGUAUUAGUGACACAAACCAGGGAAAAUCACCAAGCAAGGCGGACAACAUUCAAGACUUGGUUCUCGAAGCUGAUGUUUCUGCAAUUGUAUCAGUAGCUGAUACAUCAAAUGAUACAGAACAGGUCACAGUAAGUCCUGUGUCGCCUUGCCUUAGCAUAGAUCUAGUUAGUGCUUCUCCUGAACUAGUACCUCCCACUGAGAGCGCUUCUCCUAAGAUUAGAAAUAGCAGGAAAAGCUUGAGGACAACGUCAAUGUCCACCGCAUCACAAAAGGAUAUUGAGAGAGCGAACCAGUCGACUACAGAAGUUGUGGAACCUUCUCCGGCUAUGUCCACAGAGAUAUUAAACCUAUAUAGUGCUUUGUCUACAAAGAAAAGUGAAGCUUUUCCUGUGCCAACUAGGCAAUUGGCAGCUAGCCUCCACAGAGGCAUGAAACUUCUUGACUCUUAUCGCCAGAGUACAGCUCAUAGACGGUCGACAUUCAGAUUGUCCCACAAAGCUCUAGAAUGCAAGCCUUCAACCGUUUUAAGUAAGACUGAUGUAGGUGUGCAGACUUAUCCCGAAGCUGAUAUAAUAGUGGAAGAGAACCCCAAAGAAGUACUGUGCAGUAAAUGUAAAUGCAGCGCAGAAUGUGAUGCCCAAGAAAUAAGUGACAAUUCUAAUCUUCCGUUAGUACCUAUUGACAACUCAGAAGAUUCAGAAAAGUCCAAUUUCCAAGUUCCUAAAGCAGUGGAAAAGGUACUAGCAGGGUCUAUCAGACGAGAAAUGGCUAUGGAAGAGUUCUGCACUAAGCAAGCCUCUGAAAUAUCACAGCUUAAUCGGCUGGUGCAACAGUACAAGCAUGAGAGAGAGUGCAAUGCCAUAAUAGGACAAACAAGGGAGGACAAGAUUGCUCGCCUUGAAAGCCUCAUGGAUGGCGUGUUAUCUAAAGAUGAUUUCCUGGACGAAGAAUUUGCAUCUCUAAUGCAUGAGCAUAAGCUUCUGAAGGACAUGUAUGAGAAUCACCCUGAAGUAUUGCAGACGAGGAUUGAGUUGAAACGAGUGCAAGAAGAGCUCGAAAGUUUCAAGAACUUCUAUGGUGACAUGGGAGAAAGGGAAGUAUUAUUAGAAGAGAUUCACGAUUUAAAGGCGCAGCUACAAUGUUACACUGACCCUUCUCUUACAUCAGCUCGCAAAAGAGCUUCCCUGCUUAAGCUAACAUACGCUUGUGACCCUAAUCAGGCUCCGCCACUUAACACCAUUCCUGAGUCAGUAGAUGAGAGUCCUGAGAAGACACUAGAACAUGAAAGACUUCGUUGGACUGAAGCCGAGAGCAACUGGAUCUCUCUUGCUGAGGAAUUAAGAACUGAGCUUGAUACCAAUAGGUUGCUAAUGGAAAAGCAGAAACGUGAACUGGAUACGGAGAAAAGAUGUGCAGAAGAGUUGACGGAAGCAAUGCAGAUGGCGAUGCAGGGUCAUGCACGGAUGAUUGAACAAUAUGCAGACCUGGAAGAGAAGCAUAUCCAAUUACUUGGAAGGCAUAGGAGGAUUCGAGAAGGAAUUGAUGACGUCAAAAAGGCGGCAGCCAGAGCAGGAGUCAAGGGAGCUGAGUCUAGAUUCAUAAACGCACUUGCAGCAGAAAUUUCAGCUUUGAAGGUGCAAAGAGAGAAGGAGGCACAAUACUUCAGGGAUGAGAACAAGAGUCUCCAAUCACAAUUAAGAGAUACAGCUGAAGCUGUUCAAGCUGCAGGAGAGUUACUUGUUCGACUUAAAGAAGCUGAAGAAGGAUUGACACUUGCACAGAAACGGGCAAUGGAUGCAGAGUAUGAAGCAACAGAAGCAUAUAAAAAGAUGGACAAACUGAAGAGGAAAUACGAAACCGAAACCAGCACUAUUAACCAACAACACAUUGCAGAGCCACAGAAUCCCGUGGAAUUAUUGCAAGCUUCUUUUGAUGGCGAUGCUAUGGCCAAAUAUGAUGAACAAAUGGAGCCAUCACCAAGUUCUGGUGAUCACCAAUGGAGAGAAGAGUUCGAGCCAUAUUACAAGAAAGACGAAGAGUUGUCAAAGCUCGAGCCAUAUUACAAGAAAGACGAAGAGUUGUCAAAGCUCGCGGAACCCUCUUGGUUCUCAGGGUAUGACCGAUGCAACAUAUAAUUUCGUUUCCACAACAGUUUUUUUUUCCUGUAAUGUGUGUAUAGAAAAAGAAAGACAUGUUGGGGUUCUUCUCUGAUUCUGUGAGAUUUAGAUCUAAAACUUGGCUCCAUUGUCGUACUUGUACCCUUUUCAUGUAUUUCCUAUGUGCUACAAACUCAUUUUUACAAUUCAUACAUUUUUUUGUACUCGUCCAUCUCUCAUGUAAACGAUGUUCCUUGUAAGAGAAUUUUAUUGAUCA